ACUGGGAGCACAAUAUCGUAAGCGUAGCCAUUGGCAGCAACGGAAUAAGGCAGAAAUGCAAUGUGCUUCCAUUUUAUAUCCUCAGACACAUAAAAUAUGGUGUCAUAAGCCAAGUCUUUCGGUGACACAACCGCCACAACAAGAACGAACCUCUCACGACGAAAAACCGAAGCUAAUAACCAGUGCUUCUAACCCUUUUGUGAAGCACUGCCUCAAGCUCCGCAACUGCUCUUCCUAUCGCCGCUCCCACGCUUCUGCUCUCGUUGUUGGGGCUACCCCUAUCAGAGAAAUAUGCAGGUUUCGAGAGUCAUUGCAAGAUGGAAGUGUUUUAAUGGAUUGUUUAGUUCUUCCCGAUAAAGCUGAAAUUCCUGAUGGGUUGGAUAAAUGCACUGCUUCUAUUGUGCGUGUGAGCUCCGUAGUGAUGAAAAAGCUUUCGGGGCUCCAAACCACUGACUCUCUUGAUGCGAUUGCCCUUAUGAAAAUUCCUGCCAGUUUUUUCAAUGUUGAUAGUGAUCAAAAGAACUGGCAAAAGUGGUUUCCAACUGCUCAUAGGAUUUUGGUCCUUGAUGGGAUUCAGGAUCCUGGAAACCUUGGUACAUUGCUCAGAUCUGCUUUGGCCUUCAGAUGGGUAAGGAAUUAUCCUCCUCCUCCCCCAUGUGCUGUGCAAGGGGUCAGGGAGCACUGUUUUCUUAUCAUUAUACUGAUAUCUGAUGGAGUUUUCCUUCUUCCUGGCUGCUGUGAUCCAUUCAAUGAGAAAGCUCUAAGGGCUAGCCGAGGUGCAUCCUUUCAGCUCCCUGUCGUUUCUGGCAAUUGGAGUAAUCUGGAGUCUCUCAAAGAAGAAUUUCAAAUGAAGAUGCUGGCUGGGCAUCCAGAGCAUGAAGGUUUGGUGAAGCCAGUGUGUUUACUUUCUCCAAGCUUCUGUGAUUCAAUAUCAGAUACACCAUUGUGCUUGGUUUUAGGCAGUGAAGGAAGUGGCCUUUCAGAAAAUUCCCUGCAGGAAUGUGAGCUUGUGAGCAUUGCAAUGGCUGGAGAAUACGAGUCACUCAAUGUUUCAGUUGCAGGUGGAAUUUUCUUGUACAUGCUACAACCAAAGAAUCGAUGAUUCUGUAUUUUUACCGUCUCAUUAUGUUCAUCAAUAGUUAAUUGUAGUGCAUGUCUGGUUGCUCAUUAGUUUUUCUUCUCCACUUUUCGAAUCUGUAUAUUGAUGAAAUCCUUUUUCUUUGAACAUUUUAUGCUAUAGAAAGGCAUUCUAAUUUCUAACAAAUGUGUAAUAUCCUAAAGAGUAUUAGUAACAUAUUGCUACAUAUUCUUUACUUUCUA